AUGGGGCUGGGGUGGAGGGGUGCAGGGACCCUUGGAAAAAGGACAGAGGGGAGCUGCUGGUACCUUUUGGUGACAUUGCUGCUGCUCUGUGGUUUCUGGAAGGCUCACACACAGACAGAUGAUUGGAAGUCUGUCUACUACUGGGAAACAGGUCCGUGGGGGAGAUGUAUGGGCAGCAACUGUGGCCCAGGUGGCAGCCAAAGCCGGGCAGUCUGGUGUGCCCAUGUGGAGGGCUGGACCACACUUCACACCAACUGUGACCAGAGCCAGCGCCCCUCCAACCAGGGAAACUGUUUCCGUGUGUGUGACUUUCACAAGGACCUUUAUGACUGGAAACUGGGUGCCUGGAAUGAGUGCGUGCCAGUGUCAGCAAGGACCUUUGGGGCCCCGCGGCCGUUCACAUGCAGUGGAGGCGAAGAGGGCAUUCAGACCCGGGAGGUGGUCUGCAUACUCAAGUCAGACGGGACUCCAGCAGAGGAUGCCAUCUGUGAAUACUUUGAGCCCAAGCCUCGCCUGGAGCAGGCAUGUUUGAUCCCUUGCCCCCAGGACUGCGUGGUUUCUGAGUAUUCUCCGUGGACGUCCUGCUCCAAAACGUGUGGAACGGGCCUCCGGAACAGGAUCCGUAGUGUCCUGGUUCCUCCACUUUUUGGAGGUGUUGUCUGCCCCAACCUAACUGAGUUCCAGUCUUGUAAACCUGGGCCGUGCACAGGUCCGGAGGGCAUGUACAGUCUCAGGAUUGGUCCCUGGAGCACUUGCGCCCUCCCACAGACUCGGCCGGCGCGCCAAGCCAAGCGCAGGAAAGGUAAAGGCCAGGGGCUCAGGGAGCGAGCGGGGGUCAAAGAUCCCGAGACCAGGGAGCUUAUCCAGAAGAAACGGACCAGGAACCGCCUUAACCGGCAAGAGAGUCCAUUCUGGGACAUCCAGGUGGGCUUCCAGACUCGAGACGUGACCUGCAUACAUAGGAAUGGGAGCGCUGUGGGACGCAUCCUCUGCACACAGAGAGACCAGCUGCUGAUCGUCCAGUCCUGCGUCCUCCCCAAAGACUGCAAGGUGACCGACUGGGCCGAGUGGGGUCCCUGCUCCAAAACCUGCGCUGACCCCGAAUCUCCCACAGGCAGUCGCACUCGCAACAGACAGGUGCUCCAGUUCCCUGUGGGCGAGGGGGCGGAGUGCCCGCCACUGGAGGAGUUGGAGUCUUGUGAGCCUCAGGGUGACGGCAUGCCGCCCUGCGCCACCUACACCUGGAGAACCACAGAGUGGAGCGAUUGCAGAGUCGACUUGUUGCUAAGCCAACAGGACCGUCGGCGUAGCAACCUCACAGGGCUUUGUGGAGGAGGCCUACAGACCAGAGAAAUAUACUGUGUCCAGGCCAACGCUGAGCUUCUUAAAUACCUCGACGACCUCAGAGAAAAAGACAAAGCAGGUCAGACCCAAAGACAGCAGAAGCCUAGUGUCCCCCCUCUCCUCUCCAUCACCUUCCAGAUUACAGCUUCCCGCCCAGUGGAAAACAAGCUGUGUGAGGGUCCGAUCCCCAACAGGUCCCAGCUGUGCCAAAUCCCCUGUCCCAUCGACUGUGAGGUGUCACCGUGGGGGGCGUGGGGGCCGUGUACCUUCGAGAACUGUGAUGACCAGGCUGCAAAGAAAGGUUUCAAACUGCGUAAACGCCAGAUUACCAACGAGCCGACGGGAGGGCCCGGAAACUGCCCCCACCUGGUGGAGGCGGUGCCGUGUGACGAGCCCAGUUGUUACGACUGGAAACUGCUCAGCCUGGAUCAGUGUGUCCCUAACGAUGAGAAGACGUGCGGGCCCGGCACACAGCUGGCACAGGUCCAGUGUAUUAACAGCAAUGGAGAGGAGGUGGACAGAAAUCAGUGCUCGUCUGCCCCGGCUCCAGAGCCCGUCCCCUGCCAGGUGCCUUGCUCCAGGGACUGUGUGCUCAGCGAAUGGACACCUUGGUCCACCUGCUCUCAGACCUGCUCCAGUAAAACCAUCGAGGGCAAGCAGAUGAGGACCCGCUCCAUCCUGGCCUACAAUGCCGGGGAAGGUGGCGCCCUGUGUCCGAACAGCAGUGCCCUUCAGGAGGUGCGGAACUGUAACGAACACGCCUGCACGGUUUACCACUGGCAGACGGGACCUUGGGGGCCUUGCACCGAAGACCCCUCUGCCGCAUCCCUCAAUACCUCCGUGGGUGUCCGUGCCAGCGGCGACGGUCAAGGGCCCUGCUCUAUGGGAAUGCAGACUCGCAAAGUCAUCUGUGUUCGGGUCAACGUGGGACAGGUGCCACCCAAGAAGUGUCCAGACGGCCCCCGCCCCAGCACAGUACGACCGUGUCAGCUGCCCUGCAAGAAAGACUGCAUCGUGACCCCUUUCAGCGACUGGACUCCCUGCCCUGUUACAUGUGACGCAGCUGGUAACGCCGUGAAGAGAAAGCAAUCGAGGAAACGUCUUAUCAUCCAGCUGCCAUCCAACGGAGGACAGGAGUGUCCAGAGGUGCUGGAGGAGGAGAAAGACUGUGAGGUCCCUAAAGUCUGUCCAGGUUUCAGGUGGAAAACCCACAAAUGGAGGAAGUGUCAGCUGGUCCCAUGGUUCCUCAGACAGGACAGCACCGGUGCUCAGGAGACCUGUGGACCAGGACUUCAAACAAGAGCUGUGUCCUGUCGCCAGCUGGAUGGGACGCAGGCCGACAUCAGCGAGUGUCUGAAAUUUGCCAAGACCAUGCCUGCCAUCACUCAGCGCUGUCAGCUCCCCUGCCAGGAUGACUGCCAGCUCACCAACUGGUCCAAGUUCUCGUCCUGCACAGCUGACUGCGUCGGGGUCCGCACUAGAAAGAGGGCAUUGAUAGGGAGGAGCAAGAAGAAAGACAAGUGCAAGAACACACAGAUGUACCCUCUGAGUGAGACCCAGUACUGCCCCUGUGACAAAUACAAUGCCCAACCGGUGGGGAACUGGUCAGACUGCAUCCUGCCCGAGGGAGGCAGAGUGGAGAGUGUACUGGGGAUGAAGGUCCAGGGAGACAUCAAGGAGUGUGGAGAGGGCUACCGCUACCAGGCCAUGGUGUGUUACGACCAGGACAACAGGCUGGUGGAGACUAUACGCUGCAACAGUCACGGUUACAUUGAGGAGGCGUGCAUCAUCCCCUGUCCUUCAGACUGUAAACUCAGUGAAUGGUCUAACUGGUCGCGCUGUAGCAAGUCCUGCGGCAGUGGAGUCAAAGUUCGCUCCAAAUGGCUCCGAGAGAAACCUUACAACGGUGGGCGGCCGUGUCCCAAACUGGACCACAUCAACCAGGCCCAGGUCUACGAGGUGGUGCCGUGUCAGAGUGACUGCAAUCAGUAUGUGUGGCUAGCUGAGCCGUGGAGUGUGUGGAAGGUCAGCAACGUGUACUUAAAAGAGAACUGCGGUGAAGGCGUACAGACCAGAAAAGUCAGAUGUAUGCUCAACACCAUAGACGGGCCAUCAGAGUCUGUGGAGGACUACCUCUGCGACCCGGAGGAGAUGCCCCUGGGGGCCAGGGAGAGCCGGCUGCCCUGCCCAGAGGAUUGCGUCCUCAACGACUGGGGCCCCUGGAGCCGCUGCAGCCUGCCCUGCACCAGAACCAACAGCCGACAGCGGACGGCGUACACCCUCCGCUCACCCAGCGUGGGACGGCAGUGUCCGGACACGACCGACAACGAGCCCUGCAGCCUGAACCUCAACUGUUUCAACUACUUUUACAACAUCACAGAUUGGAGCACAUGUCAGCUGAGCCCCAACGCUGUAUGUGGGAGUGGUAUCAAGACCCGGAUGCUCGACUGUGUUCGCAGCGACGGCAAAUCAGUCGACUUGAAAUUCUGCGAGGAGAUGAAUUUGGAGAAGAAGUGGCAGAUGAACAUCUCCUGCAUGGUCGAGUGUCCCGUCAACUGUCAGCUGUCAGACUGGUCAGCCUGGUCAGAGUGUUCACAGACCUGCGGGCUCGAGGGUAAGAUGUGGCGUCGGAGGUCGGUGGUCCAGGCCUCUCAGGGUGACGCGCCCUGCCCCCUUCAGAUGGAGCAGUGGAAGCCCUGCCCUGUCCGUCCAUGCUACCGCUGGCAGUACAGCCCCUGGUCUGAGUGUCGGGUGGAGGGUGUGGUGUGCGGACACGGCAUGCGCUACCGAAACCUUUCCUGCUUCGUGUCGGACGAGUCAAACAGCGGCGAGAGCAGUCUGGUGGACGAGGAGCUGUGCAGCAGCCUGGAGUUAUCUGUCGAUGGAGACAAACAGAUCAGUCUGAAAGAGGCCUGCACUCUUCCCUGCCCAGGUGAGUGCUACCUGAUGGAGUGGUCAGACUGGAGCUCGUGUGUCAGCAUCUGUGUCAAAGGAGCCGGUGUGGAGUUCGGUUCGGUUCAGGCCCGCUCGCGAGCCGUGUUGGCCCAGGAGCCUGAAAACCUGCAGCUCUGUCCCGACCAGGCGUGGGAGUCUCAGUCCUGCACAGGGGGCGAAUGUUACGAGUACAAAUGGAUCAGCAGUCUAAACUCCACUCGCCCACUCAUCUGGUGUCAGCGCUCAGAUGGACUCAAUGUCACCGGAGGUUGUCCUCCAGUGAACCCUCCAGUGGACAACGGGUCCUGUGACUCGCCGUGUCUCAUGCCAAAGUCUUUCUGCAGUGAGGCUGGAGUCUGCAUGUGCGAGGAGGGCUUCACAGAGGUGCUCUCUCCCACUGGGCAGCUGGACCAGUGCGCCCCCAUCCCAAUUCUAGAGAUCCCCACAGCGGGGGACAAGAAGGGGGAUGUGAAGACCAGUCGUGCCAUUAACCCCACCCUGCCCACCACCAACCAGCCUGGACGCACCGGGCGGACCUGGUACCUGCAGCCCUACGGACCAGAUGGGAAGCUGAAGAUGUGGGUGUAUGGUGUAGCAGCCGGAGCCUUUGUGCUCCUCAUAUUCAUAGUGUCUAUGAUAUACCUAGCUUGCAAAAAGCCAAAGAGACCUCAGAGACAGAGGCAACAAAACAACCGACUAAAACCUCUGACUCUCGCCUACGACGGGGACACGGACAUGUAGAGUCCUCCGGGAGACGCUUCACCGAGCACUUCACCUGUCAUAGAGACCCACUUCAUUACGCCAUUACAGUGAAGGACAUGGAUGUUUGCAGCGUGAAUGGACACGUCACAGAGCGGAGGAGAAAUGAUAGAAAAUCCUCUUAGCACAGAGCAGAUUGGGGUUUAACCAUUUCAAGUAGUUCACUCCAUUCACUCCCUCUUUCUUUUGUCUUUUCUUUUCUUUUGUAAGAGCCUUCAUGACCUCCACCUUGUUAAAUGAAAUGCCUUUUUUUUUCUUUUUUUCUCUUUUUUUUUGUCCCUUACACAUCUACAUUUGUGUAAAGACUAGUUUCAGAUGAAGGGAGGAGGGCUGGGGUGCUGGAAGAAGACAGACCGAGCUGUCUCUGAACACGACAGCACAAGCAUCAACUCUUCUCUCUCUCUCUUCCUCCACACGCUUUUUUUUUUCUUUCUCUUUUUUUUUCUUCUGCUUGUCCCUAAAAAUGCUGAGUAGCUGGAGGCUUAGGAUGCUCUGACGGUUCGUACGUUGCCAAAAGUCACCGCAGGGAAGAGGAGGAGGGAGAGGGAAAAUCUCCAUAAAAAGGUUUGGAUUCCUUUUUCUCAAUCCUCAACUGGGUUUUGACUCAAAUCUCUUUUACAGUCUUGAACAAAAGGAGGCAUUUCUCCUCUUUUUUUUCUUUUUUUCUUUCUUUCUUUCUUUUUUUUGUUGCUUGAUUCAGAGGCACACUGGCCUGUGUUUGUGGGAUAAACCAAUCUGUAUGAUGCUGAUGGAGGAGUAGCCUGCAAUCAGUUGUUCAUGGAACUACUGCCUGCCCGCCUGCCUGCCUCCACCCUUUGCUUUGUUUCAGGCACUACAUUGCACUAUAUUAGUGCAGCAUGAUAUGCACAUGUGACUUCUACCUUCUAUUGCCAUAAAACACUGCCUCUCUCAACUCUUCCACUGACAAAAAAAAAGAAAAGCUGCAUAAAAGCAAAAGGAACAGCUAUAAGGUCACCACGAGAACAAUCAAAGAUGAAAAAUGAAAAACCAAUGGCGACAGAAAAAGAUGUUUUAGAUGCGUCACAGGCGAGAAUCUCAAGUAAAUAUAUAUGUAUAGAUUUUAUUUCUCACAACUGAUUCUUUUCUUUUCUUUUUCUAUUUUUUUUUUUUUUUUUUUUGGUUGUAGUAAAGUACCUUUUGUGGUUCGUAGA